GGUGUGCUAUAUGUCGCAUAGAAGUGGAGUUUGAGGCAUAUGAGCGUGGUAUGGGCAGAUGAUUGAAGAUGUGUACCAUAUAUGGCGAGACUCAGGGGUCGGCAGCAUGGCAGAAGAGGCGUAGCAGAUGUCUGUAUAGACUACUUUGGGCCGUGUUCGGUGUUCGGAAAGGUAGUGUUGAUUCAAUCUCAUCAAAACAAUGACCUCCACGAAACGCAGAUACAUCACAAGAUAAUGCAACACAUCGGCGUUCAUACCACCGAUACGAACCAGUCUCCUGCGAUGCCGCUCUUCUCGAUCCACAAAGUCCGAAGGAUCAAAGGCAACCAAAUCCGCAAGUCUCAGCCCUACCCGCCCCCAAAGUGUACUCCCAAACACCAGCGAAACAAAGCACAGAACGAACAACCCUACAAGCACGCAAACCCGAAACAACACAUCACCCAAAGCAGCAAUGCGACCCCCAAAAUCCACACAGCGAUGAUCGAUCCUGACAGCACAGCAAUGCAUACCGUAACGAACCUCCAUCACCUACCACCUACAACCUGCACGAUCGUCCGCAUGCCCGCAGCCCUACAGCCCAGCUAUGCAUCCAGAUCAGCUCAACUACCGGCCUAUUACAGUACAUCUCUUAUGCAUCCCACGCAUGUGCCUUCACAUUUAGACGUGCAGUAUCCCGGCCCCCGACGCAAGAUGCAAGACGCAGUCGCCACGGCACGCUGCAUAGGUAUAUACCUACCUAUCUACAAUACAUACACAAUCGCAACUACCCGAUCCGGGAACCCAUGCAAUGCAUGUCGCAGCCCUACAGCCCUACGGCGCUGGCCGUUACUCACUCACCCGCCCGCUCACUCGCUCACUUUCCUCAUUUGCAUGCAUCACCGCUCCAAUUAGCCUCUCUCUCUUUCUUGCUCUCGGAUUAGUCUAGGCCCGCCGAUCUAGGUAGGGCAGUUAGAUGUGUAGGGGAGCUAUAAACAGCACCCUGGAUCGUGUCGCACUAUUAUACGCCCCUAUAGGAUCAUGGACGUAUGUGUUGUAUCUGAUUCGUCGGCUGUUUGAAGGACGAGAGCAGGUAGGGACGGGAGAAGUCCAUCCAGCACG